AUGCGCAGGCGCACCGAGGCGGGGCGGGGUCUGAAGGAAGGAAAUGGGGCGGAGGGAGCGCUAGGAGCCGAAGGAGUGGCUCUUCGCGACGCAGACGAGCGUUGGCCACAACCGCAGAGCUCUUCCCACGACCCCGCUGAGUUCCCAGCCGACUGCAUUUGGACUUCUGGCAGUGAUGGGUUCGGAAAGAGACGGGUCCCGCCCCGCCUGACGUCACUUGCCGGCGACGGCUCCUGUGCUGGAUUCCAUGCUGCAGAUCGGUGCUGUUGGCCAGUCUUGCUGCGCCUGCAGCGCCUUCAGAAGCGAUAUGGGUUCGGGCCCCGUUCAGUCCCGGGUGGCCUUAAGCGAGAAACUUUCAGAGGAGCCGGGUCACCGUUCUUCGAGUCCUCUACUACAUACGCACGGACAGGACAAGCAGCGGUGCGGAGGAAAGCUCCGCACACAGAGUCGCUGCCAGCUUUCCCUUCGCACCCGGGCACUGGGAUCAGAUGUCUUUCGGCGCUGGAGAGCCUUGAAACGCUGGCACCGCCGGAGGUGUCGCCUCGUCAGGAGCGCGAGGACACGAACGGAUGCCAGGACCAGUCCGAUUCCACACAUGGAAGACACAAGGAUCACUCCCACCCCACCCUGGGAUGCCACUCCCAGUCUGCUACCGAGGUCGAAGAGCUUCCAGACUCCUCUUCUCCAGACUCAACUUCCAUAGAAGUCCCCUUUCGGGUUGGGGAGCUGAUUUUAGCAGAGACUGUCAGAAGACAAACACAACUUAAAAAAUUAUUUAGGUUGAGGAACGCCGGACAUUUAAGUAGUAACUGGGGGUUGGUCCAUUUCAGCAAGAUUAUUGGGAAGUUCCUGGUUCAGAUACUGAAGAGUUCCUGUGGCAAGCAAUUUAUGCUGAGGAGGCCGGCACUGAAAGACUAUGUAUUAUUGAUGAAAAGAGGGCCUGCCAUAUCAUAUCCAAAGGAUGUGAAUAUAAUGCUGUUGAUGAUAAAUGUCCACCCACGUGAUACUGUUUUGGAAGCUGGAUCGGGCUUUGGUGGAAUGAGCUUAUUUUUAUCGAAAGCAGUUGAAUCCAAAGGGCGAGUCAUAAGUUUUGAAAUAAGAAAAGAUCACCAUGAUCUGGCUAAGAAGAACUACAAGCAAUGGCGUGAUUCAUGGAAAGUAAGUCAUGUAGAAGAGUGGCCAGACAAUGUGGACUUUGUGCAUAAGGAUAUUUCAGGAGCAACUGAAGACUUGAAAUACUUCACAUCUGAUGCAGUAGAAGUUUUUAUCACACAGGUUAUUGAACUUUUAGAUGGAAUUCACGUCUGUGAACCUGCUCUCUCAUGUGAAAAGAUAAGUGAAGUCAUUGUCAGAGACUGGAUGGUCUGUCUUUCAAAACAGAAAACUGGAAUUUUAUCUCAAAAAGUAGCACCUAAAACUAACACACAUUUACAGCUACAUUUUCAAAAGGAAAUUGGAAUUGAAGGUGAGAUACUGCAGGAGGAUGAAGAAUCACAAUCUGAUUUUCCAUAUGGAUCAUUUCCCUAUAUUGCUAGACCUAUACACUGGCAAACCAGUCACAAAGCUUUUCUUGUCAAAUUGAGGAAAUCCAAACCACAGCUUAACUGA